CGUCCUCUACGCAAAUCGCCUUUUGCAGCUUGCGUCUUCCAUUGGUUGAAACCACAGUCAGAUUCCCCGGCGAAAUUAUCUGAUUGGAAAUCAGGGAGGGGAGGAAAAGAAAGAGCAACAAGUGCGAUGCUUUUGACGCUGGUUUGCUUUUGGGACUUAAAGGAAAGGAUUUUUUUGGGGUGAGCCACAUUAAACAUCUGAACGCAGAAAAAAGAAACAGAUUUUCAUUGGAUCUUGUUCAGUUAAUGAGAGACAUGCCCCGAUCAUUCCUGGUGAAAAACAAACGGAGCACGUCAUUUAAUGUGCAUAGGUUGUAUGAAGAUGAGACGGGCGUCUCACCUCAGAGUACAGAGUCCCUGGACAGGCCUAAGUCUGAGGGCCUGCAUUGCCAAGCAGACCCCAUACCGUUAGAAAAAGAGGAGGCAGAGCUUCAAAGUUCCUUACCUGUACAUGCGGAGGCCACCAGACUCCCUUUGGCCCCCACAAAGCCGUACUACCCAAAAGAUCCUCAGAUGGAAUUCGCCCCUUACUAUAAGUCGACAUAUUCCUGGGAGCAUGUUACCUCUCCUUACCAGUUGGGAUUCAGCCCCACAGUGCUCCAGCAUGCUGCCAGUCUGUACAAUACGCACAUCAGCCGCAGCCCACAGCACCAGCAGCCUCUGGACUGUAGUACACACUACUCCCCAAGCUCCAACACCUACCACUGUAUCACCUGUGAUAAGGUGUUCUCUACGCCUCACGGGCUGGAGGUUCAUGUCAGGAGGUCCCACAGUGGAACGAGACCUUUCGGCUGCAGCGUCUGUAGAAAAACAUUUGGCCACGCAGUCAGUCUCGAGCAGCACAUGAACGUCCACUCUCAGGAAAAAAGUUUUGAGUGCAAGAUGUGCGGGAAGUCCUUCAAGCGCUCUUCCACUCUCUCCACGCACCUCCUCAUUCACUCCGACACAAGACCGUACCCGUGUCAGUUCUGCGGGAAGAGGUUUCACCAGAAGUCUGACAUGAAGAAACAUACAUAUAUCCACACGGGUGAGAAGCCCCAUAAAUGCCAAGUGUGUGGCAAAGCAUUCAGCCAGAGCUCCAACCUGAUCACCCACAGUCGCAAACACACAGGAUUCAAACCAUUCGCGUGUGACAUUUGCUCCAAAGGCUUCCAGCGCAAGGUGGACCUUCGCAGGCACCACGAGAGCCAGCACAGCAUCAAGUGAAACUUCAAAAGCAGCCAUUUUUACAGAAUGUACUGUAUGUCCAUAGCCAGGUCUAAGAUCAGAACUUUAAGGGGCCUCAGCCCCCUAAUUAGAAUGUCUAGCACACAGUACAUUGCAAUUGAUUUAGGUACACAUUCCAGUGUGACUGUAGCUAAUUAUUGUGACAUAUGAAGCACACACACUAUCCUAUUAUUGGAAAAUAACUAAGAACACGUUGCCAAUUGUUUUUUGUUCCAUAAAGGCCACUGUCCUCAGGGCCCUGGGAGGCUAAGCCAAUGACCUCCAGACAAACAUAAUUUUCAUUGCAAACAAACACGAUAAUGUGUGUUUCGAAACCAAAUACUACACCAUAGACUUGCGUCAUACGAGCGACUCUGAAAUUUGAUUCAAGCAAGGGACAUGAUUGAUUAAUUUUGCGUGGCCAACAGUGGAACGAUGCAAUUAUGUGAAAUAUUGUGCCAGCUGUUUCAGCGCAUUCUGGGUAUAGGUAAUAUCACGUGUGUGUUACUGCAUAUACAAACUGGAUAAUUCAAUUAUAUCAAAACAUUGUUGAAAACAAAAUGUCAAUUAUGUAAAAAAUAUUUUGAAAAAGUAUAAAUAACAAUGUGUUGUACAUGGUCUAUUUUGGAUUCUUAAAAGACAAUGUUAAGCAUUAAUAAUAAUAAAAUUCUUUGUACAGCUACUUAGUUAAUAUAAUAGAAGUUAUCAGCUUUCAAGUUGUGAAUGCAUAACUGUGAAAUGAGUUUUUGUGUUUUAGGUCCAAAAUUUAGCCCUACACACACUUUACUACCAUAUUUCAAAUGUUUUUUGGAUAUAAUGUGAGAAAGGUAAAUUGUCUAUGAAAAUAAAG